AACAAAAUUGACAAAAUAAUCAAUGAAUUGACUCUUCGAUAUGCUGACGUUUUGAAAGAGAUUUAUCAGUUCAAUUUGCAAGCAAUGCAUCAUCCGUUGGAGUUUACUGGAAUGGGUUUCUUCCCCUUUGGCAACAAAUUUUUCAUAAAGAGACUUCAAAUGUGUAUGAAGAGACUUACUGCAGUGGAUGAUUCUUUGAAAGAACUAGGUAGUCCAAAAAUAUAUGAAAAAGUGCAUAUGUUGUCAAAACGAAUAGCAAUUGGAUGGACUGUGUGGUGCUUUGCUCUGAAUUUUAACGACACCACAUCAUGGCUGGUAUUUCUGAAAGGAAUAACUACUUCAUGGGCAUUUAUUGUAGCUCAUGUAUAUAAUUAUUGUAUUAAUGCUAGUAUACUUAUAAACUCAGUGUUCAUCACUUUCUUAUGGUACAUCGGCACCAGGUUUGAUGAAGUAAAUCAACAUAUGCAAAAUCUCUUGAUAAAGAAAGAGCAUUCACUAAGGAAUACAUGGAAGAAACCUACAAUAAUUGUUCAUCAAUGUACCUUGGGUACUGAUAAUUACAAGCGAGUGUUGUGGAGCUCAAUACAUCUUCAUUUAGAACUAUGUCGCAUUGCACGUGAAUGGAAUCUGGUGUUUGGAAUUCAGAUGACUACCGAAACAGCAACUUAUUCAUUAUUUGGGACAUCAAUGUGCUUCUACUUAUACAAAUCGUUAAUGCAUCGAGAGCUAAUACCAGUCAGCGUAUGGUUUCGAAUAGCUUUCUGGAUGUUUAUGUUUGUAGGAAAAGUGUAUACUAUAAAUUACAUUUGUGAAAAUGUCUGUGUUAAGGCUAACAAAAUUGACAAAAUAAUUAAUGAAUUGAAUCUUCGAUAUGCUGACGUUUUGAAAGAGAUUUAUCAGUUCAAUUUGCAAACAAUGCAUCAUCCGUUGGAGUUUACUGGAAUGGGUUUCUUCCCCUUUGGUAACAAAUUCCUCAUAAAGUUCUGCGUAGCGAUUGCAACGUUUUUGACCAUCGUGAUACAAAUGUCGACGCCUGAUUUACCCUAUAAAGAAUAAUCCACCCUGCACUUUAUAUUAAGAUUAGUAUCCCAAAAGCUCAUCAAAACAAUUAUUUGUAAUCACAUCGAUUAUAUAUUAAUCACGUAAUAAUAUCUUUAAAUGACGCAUUAUAUAAAACGGAAAACAUAUUUAUUACACUUAAAAUAUUAAUAAUUA